AUGUCCGCUUCACCAUCUGGCAUGUCAAAUGGACGAACUCCUACACCCACGCCUAACAGUGGCGGCGCACCACAAUUUACACGCAGACUCAAGGCUGCUGAUCCUCUGAGACCGCGAAAGAAACCCAUCCGCAGACCAAAUGUGCCUUCUAAACCUGCCGGCGCGAAUUUAAAUGGCUUGACGCCCGCCAGACCAAACGGACCUACAUCACUAAACAGCUUUUCCGGUCCACGAGCACCAGGUCCGAGAGGUCCAAUUCCUAAUAACGGCAAUGUUGCGCCUAGACAAACAUAUGAUGGUUGGACACAUCCUCCCAAGGGCGAAGUCACAGAUUACCCUCUUUUCACCACUAGGCGGGCUUUGCGCGAUGGAAUGCGAUAUCAUGCCAUGAGAUUUGCUGGAAAGAAAGAGGUUGACCCUACGAAUCAGGACGAAUUUACGCGACCAAUUGCUCUCCAUCGCAGAGACCCUCGACAACCACCAUCUGGUAAAGCAUUCAAGGACGAAGAUACGGUAAUGGAGGAUUCGGUCGAUUCCAAAGAGAGAGAGAGACAAGAAAUAUUGAAGGCCGAGAAAGAAGCGCAAAAGGCUUCGGAUCGUGCACAGAUAGCACCUACUGGCAAUAACGCUACAGCACUGGCUGCAAGAAAAGCCCAAUCCUUCCGGAAUGAAAAGACUACUCAAGUGCAUCGCCUGGAUAAGACAGCAGAGCAAAAGAAAGAGUCUGAUCUUAGAUAUGAGGAGGCUUUACCUUGGCACCUGGAAGAUGCUGACAAUAAAAAUAUCUGGGUCGGUAAUUAUGAGAGUGCCUUGUCGGAAGUUAAUGUCAUGUUCUUCACCGAAGGAAGCUCUUUCAAGAUGAUCCCGGUCGAAAAGUGGUACAAGUUCACUUCAAAAAACAAGUUCAAUACUCUUACAAUUGAUGAAGCUGAAGCUAUGUUGAAUAAGAAGACCAAAGAAUCCAGAUGGGCCAUGAAGACACAUGAGAAAAACGAAGCAACGCGUGCAAAUCAGGAAAAUAUUAGGGGAUUAAACAAAUUGUACACUGUCAAGACCGAGAGUACUAGUUUCAAAGGAUCAAGCAAGAACGAAACACGAGAUAUUGAUGAACUUGAUUUCGAUGCUGAUGAUUUAUUCCAGGAUGACGAUGAGCUUGCCACAGUUGAGCCAGAUCGAGAUGAAGACACAAAGGAUGCCCAAGAGAGAAUCAAGCAGGAUCAACGUGGAGCAAACUUGUUUGGUGAAGCCGAUGAAGAGUCCGUUGAGAAAGACUUCCUUCAAGAGGAGCAAGAAACAGAGGCAAAGAAAAAGCUAGGAAAGGGUGUCCGAAAGGCUUUGACCAAGCGCGAGAAGAACUUCAUUUACGACAGUGACUCUAGCAAUCCAUAUGCUUCUUCAGAUAGCGAAGAUGAUACCUCCGAUGAGGAGAAGCAAAAGGAGAUCGACAAGAAAAAGGAUGAAGAGGCCAAAGCCAAGUUAAAGGCCGAAGCAAAACCUUCGGGCACUACAUCGAAGGGCAACAACACACCUUCUGGUCGACCUAAGCACACUGAUCCUAUGAAAAAAUCCAAGAGCCUCAAGAGACCAGGAUCUCCAAAUCUAUCGGAAUCCAGUGGAAAUGAAUCUACCAGGAAGAAGCAUAAGAAAAAGCAUAUCGGUUCAUCGCAACCUACGGGUACAUCUACUCCAAUUCCAGGUUCCAGGCCUAUGUCUCCAACACCGUCCUCACAACCCCCUCCAGGUCAAGCCCAGAGAAAAUCUUCCAUCGUCAAGAUCUCUGUAAAUCCAUCCGAACUUUCAAGAAUCAGUUCUAUGCCACCAAACCCGCAAGGUGCCACAAGCGACGGAGAAGCUACAGGAGGCGAAAUGUCAGACGGAGCCGGUGGAAAGAAGAAAAAGAUUACUAUUCGUAUGGGAGGAUCACCAACAGCUUCACAACCUGGUAGUCCAGCGCCAGGUAGAUCUAACGGUAGUCGUGGUGGUAGCCCUGCUCAAGCAGCUGAAACUGCAGCACCAUCUGGUUCCGGAACAAUUCAGCCUAAAGAAAUCAUAGCUGCUCUGCCUUCGACAGGUAUCUCCAUUGGUCAAUUACUCGGACACUUCCGUGGUAGAGUUGGCGACGCUGAAGGACAGACCACAAAAACGGAAUUCAUGGCAAUGAUCAAAAGAAAUUCCAAAUAUGGAACUGAUAAACUCUUGCGACCAAAGUUUUAG